ACGCGCACGCGCGUUCCGCGCGUUCAACCGGUUACACAGGUCUCCUUUCCGACCAGUGUUGUUUUUUGGAAAUCCCACUGCAUGUCGGGAAAGGAUAAAGGAGCGGAGGUUUACUUCAACAUUUUGUCGGAGGCAAUCAAGGAGGUCGGUGAGAAAGUUGUCGUCGGUGUCAUCAUGGACAAUGCGGCUGUGUGUGCAAGAGCGGGCAGGCUAGUGGAGGACACAUUUCCCACCAUCUUUCAUGUACCAUGCGCAGCGCAUUGCCUGGACCUCAUGUUGCACGACAUUGGGCGGACAGAUUGGGUGAAGGAGGUUGUGGGAAAGGGCAAUGACUUGGUGAAGUUCUUCAUGAACCACCAACGCGUACGUGACAUCUUCUACGUGCACUCCAGCAGGAGGCAGCUGUUGCGACCUGCUGCAACACGGUUCGCUACAAAUUUUCAUAUGCUCGACGGCUUAAAAAAGCAACGCAAUGCACUGGUUGUCACUGUCAGUCAUGAUGCUCGCUGGAAGCCGACCGUGGUACCUCAUGCGCAGCGUGACACAUUCUACGAGAUGGAGGAGAUCGUCCUUGAUGGAGCGGGCUUUUGGGAGGGCGUCAACAAAGUCAUCUCCGCUGUUUAUGACAUUGUCCUGCUGCUGAAGGUUGUGGAUGGCACUGGACCCACUGUCGGCAAAGUGUAUGCGAAGAUGGAUAAGGCGGUGGAAAGAUUGCGGGCCAAUUCAAAAUUGAAAAAGGAUGAGCAGGAGGACAUCGAGGAAAUGGUCUUGCGCCGAUGGAAUGCCAUGACCACACCGCUGCAUUGUGCAGCAUUAUUCUUGGAUCCGGAGUACCGCUCGUACAAGCCACAAAACGACCCGGAGAUCCAAGACGACUUCUACACGUGGUUGUAUACGUGGUGGAAUAUGUACCUGCUUGACACCUUGCAGCAGAUGCCCGAGAUGGGCCACAAUGUGAUUGACUGGGAUGACCCACCAACCGAGGAAGAGCAGAAGGAGCAAGCUGGGCGGGCAAAGUUCGCUGAACGCAGAUUGAAGCCGAUCGAGUCGACUGGGGAGGAUGCUGCUCCACCUGCUGAUGAAGGGGGUGAAGAAGGUGGUGAUGAGGUUGAUGAUCAUCGCCGUGAGCCAUGCGAAUUGAAUGUCAUUUAGAAUGGGCAAGAGGAGGACUGGAGAGGACUAACGAAGGCAGGCAUGUAUAUGGCCUCACGUUCGCAGAGACAAGUGCGCAAGAAGGCACGGUCCUUGGGAACAGCGGAGCAUGUGCGCAAGCAUAUGAAGG